AUGGUCUUUGGUCCUGGUCCCAUCGAGCUUCCAUCUUCUUAUGAGAAGGUUGAAACAACCGGCCAUGUCGUUGUCUCUCAUCACCCCCGGGGCGCCCCGGCAGUCACCCCAGUUGUCAUUGUAACCCUGAACCGUCCUACUAAGCGCAAUGCAUUCACGGGGGAAAUGCUUUUGGACUUCGAGAAGCUCUUCCCCAUGUUCGAUGUCGACGAGCGGGUGAAAGUAAUCGUUUUAACUGGCGCAGGACAGACGUUCUGCGCGGGUGCAGACCUUGAUAUUGGUUUCGGCGGUGGUCGAGUCAAGAUGAUGGACCAUCGUGAUAGUGGCGGCGGGGUUUCACUGGCCAUCCAUCGAUGCCGCAAGCCAACAAUUGUAGCAAUGCAAGGCUCAGCCGUUGGGGUCGGGAUGACCAUGACUCUUCCAGCGAUUAUCCGGAUUGGCUACGAAAAAGGCAAAUACGGAUUUGUCUUCGGCCGCCGAGGCGUGGUCCUGGAAUCAUGCGCCUCAUACUUCCUUCCUCGUCUCAUCGGCCACUCAAACGCCAGCUACCUCGUCAGCACUGGGGGAGUGUUCCCGCCUACAUCUAAGCAUUUCGGCGACCUGUUCAAUGAGAUCCUCCCCGAUGCAUCGCAGGUCCUACCGCGCGCUCUCGAGCUAGCCACUGAGAUUGCGGAGAACGUCAGCCCGGCUUCGUCCUACCUCAAUAGGGCACUCAUGUGGCGCGAUACUGGUUCGGCGGAGGCUGCUCAUCUCAUCGAGUCACAAGUCAUCAACCAUAUGUUUGGAACGGAGGAUCAGAGGGAGGGUGUCAAGGCGUUCUUUGAAAAGCGAAAGCCGAACUUCAAGGCUGACCUUGAUGAUAAUCCACCGCCAAAUAUGCCGUGGUGGACAGAGGUUGAUACUCGUCGAAGGCCUAAAGCAAAAAUGCCUGCGAAGCUGUAA